AUGGGACGUCGGGAUCGCCUUAUUAGCGCGUCUAUAUUACGCGCCAUCUUCAGAUCUGAUUCGCCUCGCAAAGAUGAAAGUGCACGUCUGGGCCUAUUUGCGCGCAUCUAUGCCUUUUUCGCCCUCUUCAGUCUUGCUCUAGCUCGCUAUCGCGCGUCUCUCUUCAAGAAGCUGAGAAACGACAUUUGGGAGAUCGAAGAGGAAGGGUACACUGAGAGCUUUCGGAGCCCCAGUAAGAGCAAACGGACCGAUCUGAUACCCAUUGGGGACCUGGGCUACUCUGGAUCAACCUUCUUUACAACACCUAAUUCCAAGUACCUGGUCAAAUCACUACCACGAAAGUUUGAGCAAUCCUUCUUCCGCGAUCGUCUCCUCGAGCCCUAUGUCGAACAUAUGGAGCUGAAUGAGGACUCCCUCCUCGUCCGCAUAACUGACCUUCUCUAUUGCCCUACUGCCACCAUUGGAGCUGCAUUGGGAGCCGCACCGAGCCACCAUAUCAUAAUGGAGAACAUUCUCUAUGGGAAAUCAAGUUGCAGCAAGGACCAACAGAAACGUUGGGAGACAUACGAUCUGAAGCCGAAUGACUACUUCUACCCCGAACGCGAUGUGGCCAAUGGACGACUGGCACCUGAGAGUGUCAAGGAGCGGCUUAUCGAUGAGUUUGAAGACAAGGUUCGAGUGACUAUCGACCAGAAGGAGGAGCUCAUCGCACAACUAGCUAGGGACUCAAAGAUCCUUGAAGCCAACAAUGCGGUCGACUACUCGUUGUUCCUCGUCCGCUAUCCCGCCGACCUGAAUUCUGGUGACGUGCCGCCACCCCCCGGUCGAGGAUCUACAUGGCGCACAGGUGUCGUAUCGCGUGACGGCAAGUGGGUUUACCGAGCCAUCGUUCUCGACUUCUUCUGGGCGAAAGACGCAUUUCAGGCGCAAACAAUGACUGGCCUAGUCAAGCUCUUCAAUACACUGAAGUUUGGAAAAGAUCACGGCCCCAUGAGCAUUACCACCACGAGCAAUGAAUAUAGACAAAGAUUCCUUGGGAUGGUUGGGGAUAUGGUCGAGGUUCCAGACAGCGCUGGUAGACCCGCAGGAGAGAUACGCAGCCCUGCACCAGUAGCUGCUGAUCAAGUGGUGUAA